AUGAAACAAGAUUAUGUUAUUUGUGACUCGUAUCAAUCACUCAUAUCUUACAAAGCACAAACUGAUACUGGUGGUAUGCAAAAGCAUAUUGAAUGUUGUCGUAAAAUUCCUAAUGUACUUGAUGAACACAAUGAAAGUACAAUAACAAAAUAUUUUCAUUCAACAAAAACUAAAUCGAAUUAUGUGCCACUCAAAUUAAAGAAUAAAAUUACAAAUUCAUUAGUAGA